AUGGAAGAAGGAAGGGGCUUCGAGUCUUCGAGGUUCUUCCAAAAUCGAAACACAGAAAGGGAAGGAAAGGGAAACACAAAGAUUGAGGAAGGAAGGGGCUUUGGGGUCUUUGAGGUUCUUCCAAAAUCGAAACACAGAGAGGAAAGGAAGGAGAAACAUAGAAAUGGAGGUAGGAAGGGACUUCGGCUUCGAUGGUCUUCAAAAGUUGAAAUUCAGAGAGGGAAGGAAGGGGAAACACAUGGACUUCAUGUCUUCAGAAUCAGAGAGAAGGAGGAGGAAAAGGUUGAAUAUUUUGUUAGACUGAAUCUAAUAAAGAUAAUUUCUAACAAGUGGUAUCUAGAGCCUAGGUCGAUGGGGACAAUGAGGUUUGACAUAGAAAAAUUCACAGGGGAUAAUGACUUUGGGUUAUGGAGAAUAAAGAUGAGGGCACUCCUAGUCCAACAUGGACUUCAGGAUGCCCUCUUGGGUGAAAGGAAGAAGGGUUCUUCCUUGAAAGGGGAAGAUAGGGAGACUGUCAAAGAAGACAUUCUCCAGAAAGCCCACAGUGCCCUAAUCCUAUCUCUUGGGGAUAAAGUCCUGAGAGAGGUGGCCACUGAGGACACUGCUGCAGGAAUAUGGUUGAAACUAGAGAAUUUGUAUAUGACAAAAUCUCUAGCCAACAGGCUCCACAAGAAAACCAAACUUUAUACUUUUAAAAUGAACCCUGGGACUCAAAUAGGAUAG